GCCACAAACGUCAGCAUGGUGGUAUCUGCCGACCCUUUGUCCGGCAAGAGGGCAGAGAUGAACAUCCUAGAAACCAACCAGGAAUUGCGCUCCCAGCUGGCAGAGAGCAAUCAGCAGUUCCGAGACCUCAAAGAGAAAUUCCUUAUAACUCAAGCUACUGCCUACUCCCUGGCCAACCAGCUGAAGAAAUACAAGUGUGAAGAGUACAAAGACAUCAUAGACUCUGUGCUGAGGGAUGAACAGCAGUUCGCGGAGAAGCUGGCAGAGAAGCUCAGACAAGCUGAGGAGCUCGGGCAAUAUAAAGCCCUGGUUCACUCUCAGGCACGAGAGCUGACCCAGUUACGGGAGAAGUUACAGGAAGGGAGAGAUGCUUCCCGCUCACUGAAUCAGCAUUUCAAGGCCUUCCUCGCUCCUGACGACCUUGAUAAGUCCCAGGGUCAGGACCUCCGAGAGCAGCUGGCUGAGGGGCGCCGGCUGGCAGAGAGACUUCUCCGCAAGCUCAGCCCAGAAACUGAGGAAGAUAAGGAUGAAGAUGAGAAAGAUGAGGAGGUUGAGAAAGUACAGGAAUCACCUGCCCCCAGGGAGGUGCAGAUGGCUGAAGGAAAGGAAGUCCCUCAGGACUCACUGGAGGAAUGUGCUGUCACUUGUUCAAAUACUCACGACCCAUCUGACUCCAGCCAGCCUCACAGGAGCACCAAAAUCACAUCUGAGGAAGACAAAGUCGACUCUGCUCUGGUUGUAGAGAAUGAACCCUCUCAUGAUGAAGGGGAGGAAGCUCUAAACAUUCUCCCAGAAAAUCAAAAUGAUCAUGAGGAAGAGGAGGGGAAAGCGCCAGUGCUCCCCAGACACCAUGAUAUAUCCAACUCUUACCCACAUCAUGAAGUCACUUUCUUGGCACUGGAUGAAGAGAAAGUUUGCUCUGCUCAGGAUGUUGCCAGGGAUUACUCCAAUUCAAAAUGGGAUGAAACUCCACUUGGCUUCCUAGAAAAGCAAAAUAAUCUUGAAGAAGUGAAAGGAAAAGAAACAGAUGAUCCCAGGCUCAGCAGGGGACCGCUGAGGGGGGACAAGCGUGAAGUCCCCCAGGAGUCACUGGAUGGAUGUUGCUUGACUCCUUCCAUCCUUCCUGACCUACCUCACUCCUACCGCCCUUAUGGGAGCACUUCGUACUGUUUUGAAGACAAGCAAGUCAGCUUGGCUCUUGUAGACAAAAUUGAAAAGGAUCAAGAGGAGGUAGAAGAUCAAGACCCACCGUGCCCCAGGCUCAGCCAGGAGCUUCCAGAGGUGAAGGAGCAGGAAAUCCCAGAGGACUCCAUGGAUGAAGUUUACUUGAGUCCUUUAGUUCACCGUGACCUGUCUGACUGCCAUCACCCUUAUAGCAGCACCUUGUCCUCAUUGGAGGAUCACCUUGUCUGCUCUGCUCUGGAUAUAGCCUCUCCCACCAAGACGGCCUGUCCCCAAGGGACUUGGAGUGGAGACUUGAGCCACCACCUGUCAGAGGUGCACAUUUCACAUGCACAGCUGGAACCAAGCACCCUGGUGCCCAGUUGUCUGCGACUACAGCUGGAUCAAGGGAAUGGCUUGGCCAUGCGGGGCCCUUCCUCCACCAUCUGCAGCUUCGCAGCCAACACUGAUUCUGGGAACCAAUGGAACUUCCAAGAGCUGGUUGUAGAGCCCUCCCUGCGGAUGAAGAACCCUCCCCAGAUGGAAGAUGAUGCACUUGAAGGCUCAGCAGACAACACAAAAGGGCGUGAAGUCAUUGGCCAGAUUCAUGCCUCCAGUGUCCUGAAACCAAAGAUCAUCAAAAGAAAACUCCCGCUCAGCAAGCGGAGACUGGCAUGCAGAUUCCCUGGCCUGCAAGCUUAG